AUGGAUGAGGAUGCAUGGCGAACAAUGUUAACUGGAUGGAAGCGACCCGUUGCCACAGAUGAGAAAGGGAUUGAAACUGAGAAGCAUGAGAAAGACUGGAGCAAAGCCGAACAAAUUGCAGCAAAUAUGAAUUCCAAAGCCUUGAAUGCUAUAUUCAAUGGAAUUGAUAUCAAUCAAUUUAAGAUAAUCUCGGCGUGGAGAAACUUCAAACAGCUUAUGAGGGAACUGCUUCAGUUAGACUAUCCAAACUUCAAAUGCUUGCCACCCGGUUUGAAGAUCUUCGAAUGGAAGAAAAUGAGACCAUCCAUGCCAGACCGAUUCGCAUACAAGAUCACUGCCAUAGAGGAAGCCAGUGAUGUGGACUCAUUGCGACUUGAAGAUCUAAUUGGAAAUCUACAAACUUUUGAAAACAAGUUGAACAUCAGCAGAAUGGACAAGGAGAGAAAAAUUGCUCUGCAAACUGUAUCGGACACCACAGCAUCUGUGUCUGCUGCCCCUAUGACAGCACUUGAAGUCAAGCUCACGAAAUCCAUGUCUCUAAUAGCAAAGAACUUCGGAAAAUUCGUGAAGAGAAAUGGACAUCCUACAAACUUUGAGAGAAAACCCAGGACCUCUACAGAUAAGCCAGAAGUCAAGAAGGGAAUUCGAUGUAGAGAGUGUCAUGGUUAUGGUCAUAUCCAGGCAGAAUGUGCUAACACUCUGAAAAAACAAAGAAAAUCACUUGCCACUACCUGGAGUGAUGACAACUCAGAUUCUGAUGAUGAGAGUGAAGCUAGUGAUGAUGAUACAAACAAUGACUUCUGUGGAACUUGCAGAAUCACAGAAGACACACUCGAGGAUAUCACAUGCACAGAAGCACCACAUCUCAGGUACGUGACACAGAAAAAUGAAAAUUACGAAAAUCUAAAUAUAUCUUUUAUGUCCACAGGGAAUGACGAAUCAGAAGAUGAAGGUGAAGAUUCCAUUCAACACAUUCAACAACAAUUGGAUGAUCUCCUGAAGCAAUGUCAUGAAGUCAGUAAUGAAAAUAAACUCCUAAAAGAACGAGAGGAAGAGAACAAAGGAGUUAUAACAAAAUUGAAUGACAGAAUGGAUGAACUUGAGAUGGAGAUUGAAGUCUUUGAAGUGGAACAGGAAUUCGCACAAAGAGACAUCGACAAUCUUAAAGAUGUGUUGAAGUAUUGGCAGGACUAUGAUGGUGAAAGAGCAAAAAGAAUCAGGAAAAAUCUUUUUCCAAAAAUACAUGCUGAUGAUCACCAAGAUAUUUCACCACCUGUUGGCACAAUGUUUGAGGCUUCUGUCAGUAAGUUAAAUCGCACUGCAUUUCUUCUCUCAAAUAGAUUAGAUGAAAUCAUAAAUGCUCAUCCCUCUAAUCUCAAAAGAAUUGGGCUAGGGUAUACUGAUAGACAAUCUAAUGCCAACACUAGUUCAAACCAGAGAAUCAGAUUCGUCAAUCCCACAUCUUCCCAUGCGAACAACCAAACUCAUCCUACUAAGUUUAUUCCUAUCUGUCACUUCUGUCACAAAGUAGGGCAUGUCAGGCCUAAAUGCUUUAAAAGAUGGAAACUGAUAAAUAAACAGUUAGCAAAUCAGACAUCCAAUUCCGCUGCGUGGGUUAGUUACCCUCAAAGUAACAACUCUUAUAAACAAUGGAUGACAAAUGAUAGUACUAACUGUUGGUCUGCUAUUUUAUCUUUAAAUGCAUGUGCUACUAACUCUUGGUAUUUUGACAGUGGAUGUUCCAAACACAUGACAGGUGAAAGGAAUUUCUUGUCAAAUCUGCAUAACAUGUCUAGUGGACAGGUCACUUUUGGAGAUGGAAAUAAGGCUUAUGUAAAAGGAAAACGGGACUUGAAUGUUGGAGGAUUGCCAAACCUGAACAAUGUUCUGUAUGUGGAAUGUUUGAAAUCAAAUCUUCUGAGUGUAAGUCAGUUGUGUGACCUAUACGACUCAGUAUUGUUCACAAAGCGUAAGUGUGAAGUAUUUGAUGAAAACAAAAAUUGUGUUCUAACUGGAUACAGGUCAUCAGAUAAUUGCUACAAAAUUGAUCAGAUUGAUAAGUGGGAUCAAUGUCAUCACACUUCUUCUGACCUCACUGAUCUCUGGCAUCGGAAACUAGGUCACCUAAAUUUUCAUGAUCUAAUUCGUCUUGUUAAUGCAGGAUGCGUGAAAGGGGUACCACAACUGAAGACUGACACACCUGAGUCAUGUGGUGACUGUCCUUUGGGAAAACAAGUACGGACAUCUCACAAGAACACAGAUCAUGCAGGUACUAGUAGGACUUUCGAACUCAUUCACAUGGAUUUAAUGGGACCAAUGAAGACCGAGAGCAUUGGUGGAAAAAGGUUCUGGGCUGAAGCUAUGAGCACUGCUUGUUACACCAUAAAUCGUUUACACCUCAGACCAGGUACCAAGAAUACCCCAUAUGAAGUAUGGAAAGGAAUGGAUGAAGAAGACUCUAGUCCUGGAGAAAUCAUUGUACCAGUACAAACUCCGGAAGUCAACACAGAAGAAGUGACGACAGUGAUAGGAGAAGUUGAUGAAGGUAUGAAAACUCGAAAUAAGCCCAAAGUUGAUUACCAAGAAAUGGUCAGGUAUGUUUGUUAUACUUCUACUAUAGAACCAAAAAACAUCAAAGAAGCAAUUAUUGAUGAGUAUUGGGUACAAGCUAUGCAAGAGGAACUUAUAUGUGUCACCUACGAAUGUGACAUCUUGGUUUUUGGAAUAGGAAUGAUAGGAGUGAGCCAUGAUAGAAGUGUGAUGCCCCCUCUAUCGGGAGUGAUCAAUGUCUAUGACAUCAUUCAUCUCAAAGAUCAUACCUCUAUUGGGAGAAUUAUGCUACCGCAUAUGCAUCUCUGA